ACAUACGUAUUUCUAUGGCCUGAAAGUUAGCAGGCAAGUGCUUAGCACCCUAUCGCUAACAUCAUGAAGGCGGGUCGGGUAACCCCGGUGAUUAAAAGGCAAGAUUUUAACUUGUAAUUAUAGAAGAGAGCUCUCCAUAGUCUGUGAAACUGGACACGACGCCUGAUUAAUAAUUUGGCCCUGCAGAAUGUCCAAGAUCAGGCGGAAGGUAACAGUGGAGAAUUCGAAGACCAUAUCUGACAGCAGUACUAGCACCACACCCUCUCGAAGGCCAAGCGUUUUUGAGAGACUCGGCCCCAGCACAGGAGGGAAUGCCGCUGAGACACACUGCAGAAAUUGGUUAAAGACUGGGAACUGCAGUUACGGCAAUACUUGUCGCUAUACACAUGGAACUCAGCCACGGGGCAAAGGCUUUUCUGGAACGUUUAGCAGCAGGUCAGCAGAGAGGCCCACAGGGGAUCUCAGGGAGAGGAUGAAGAAUAAGAGACAGGAUGUUGAAGCAGAUGCCCAGAAAAGAGACCCAGAAGAGCCUACAUCACCCACAACCAGAAAGCAGCGCGACUCAUCUCGGGGAAGGCACCGGGAGAAAGAAGACAUAAAGAUUACCAAGGAGAGAACUCCAGCGAGUGAGGAAGAACCAGCAGAGUGGGAGGGAACCCGUGAAGACUCUGAUAACGGUGACUACGACUACGAGUUGUCUUUGGAAAUGAAGAGACAGAAGAUUCAGCGCGAGCUGAUGAAGCUCGAACAGGAGAACAUGGACAAGAGAGAAGAGAUCAUCAUCAAGAAGGAGGAACCGACCUCCAAGAAUAGGACCAGCAUGUCCAAGGCUUCCCCUGAACGUGGAAGCUCCAAAGGGUCCCCCUCGUCCCGCAAGUCUAGCGGCUCGCCCAAAUACAAGGCAUCAGGGAAGAGCGCGGGCUCUGUGAAGAAGGAGAAGUCGUCUUCCUCCUCUGUGAUCUCCUCUCCGCUGUCUGACCAGGCCCGCACAGAGGAGUCCGAGGGUCGGUUCUCUAAAGGAAGUCACGGGAAAAAGAAAGGGCCCCGUACCCCCAGCCCCCCUCCUCCUGCUCCUGCUCCUGUGGAGACCCACGUGGUGGGGAAGAAGCACAAAGGCAAACACAAGAACAAGGAGAAGUCUGAGGACCGGGCCAAGGAGGGCAAGGAUAGAGGCCGUGACGUCGAUAAGCACAAGGAAAAGAAAGAGAAACGCAGGGACCGGUCGGAGAGCUCCCACAAGGCCAAGAGGUCAGUGACCUCCGAGGAGCGCUCCGGAAGUGUCUCCUCCCCCUCCAGAGAUCUGUCACCUCUCGGCCGAAGGAAGUCCUCUUCACCCAAGUUGUCUUCCCAGAAGCCCCCUGCGUCUGCGUCCCCACACCGGUCUCGUGCGUCACCCGUCCGUCAGCAGCACAGCCCCUCCCCCUCAGCCCCCCGCCACCACUCCCCCUCCUCCCACUCGGGCUCCCGCUCCUCCGCCCAGAGACACACGCCCUCCCCCCGCCGACGCGGCCGCAGCCCUCCGUCCCCCUCCUACCUGAGGAGCGAGCCCGGUCCCCCGGCCUCCUCCUCCUCUCCUCCCCCCGCCUCCUCUACUCUGAGGCACUCGCGCUCGCCCCCGACCCCCCGCGGCCCCUCCCCUCCGGCCCAGCGCCGCGGGAGCCCCAGCCGACGGCACUCCGCGGGCCGAGAGAAAGGGGGGCGCGCUGAACGAGAGAGGAGCCCCCCUACGCAGGAGAAACGCCAGGAACGCAGAGAUGAGAGUCGAGGUAGGCGUGAGAAGGAGGGUGGCCGUGAUGAGCGGGACUACGAGCCAGAGCAGAGCAGCCUGCGAGACACACGAGACGAUCGAGAGUCCAGGGACAGCCGCGAUCGGCGCGACGGCAGGGACCGCCGGGACGCCAGGGACGAGCGGCCGCACCGGCAGGACGGGAAGGAGGCCCGCGCCGACACCAGGAGCGACGCACGCUCAACGCGAGAUGCCCCCGAGCACAGGGAGAGGGAGCGUGAGCGGGAGAGAGAAAGGGAGCGAGAUCGCGAGAGGGAGCGUCCCGAGACCCACAGGAAGGAGGACGCCGCCGCCCCAGAGGAUCGUGGGAGUUAUGGGAAGGGCCACAGCCGGGAGGAGGGAAGAGGUGAAGCGCGGGCGGAGGCCAGGACUGAGGCCAGACCUGAGGCCAGGACAGACACCCGCGCUGAGAGAGUGGGCCGAGGCAGGGGCCGUGGAGCCGAGCCGGCAGAGAAAGGUGCGUCUCGAGGUUCGCGAACAUCACCAGGCGAGCGUGGCCAUGACUGGGAGUCUCGGAGCGGUGUCCGUGAGCGGAGUGUGGAGAGGGGCUCAGAGCGCGGAAGCGACAGCAGAGCCACCGAACGAGGAAACGAGCGCACCACCGAUCGCUAUGGCAACGAGCGGCCGAGAGGAGAGCAGGCCCGAGACUCAUCCUAUGACCGCAGGAGUGGCCAUGGGGAGCGGGAGCGCAGGGACAACCGGGAAAGAGAGGCAAGAGCGCCCUCUCCUGGUCGCCACCAGAGCCGCGCAGAGGAGCCGGAGCGUGACGAGCGGAGGGAUGAGCGCAGGGCGGAGAGAGGGGACGAACGCCGAGAUGAGCGAACCCGGGAGAGAGAAAGAGAGAGAGAUCGUGAGAGGGAGAGGGAGAAGGAGAAAGAGAAAGAGAAGGAGAAAGAAAAAGAGCGAGAAGCAGAACGCGAAAGGGAGCGGGUCAGAGAGCGCGAGCGUGAGCGGGAGAGGGAAGAACGAGAGCGGGAGAGGGAGAGGGAGCGGGAGAGGGAAGAAAGGGAGCGGGAGAGGGAAGAAAGGGAGCGGGAGAGAGAGCGAGAGAGGAAGGAAAGGGAACGGGAGAGGGAGCAGAGGGAGCGGGAGCGACAGCGAGAAUGGGAAGAGAGGGAGAAGGGAAGAGAGGAGCGAAGGGAGAGGAGAGAUGAGGUGAGAGACGACCGCCCAGUUCGAGAUGCUCACGAGGAGCGCAAGACCAGCAGGAAGAGGCACAGAGUGGAGAACAGCCAAAGCCCUCGCUCCUCUCCUAAACGCGUACGAGAGGCCAGCCCUGCUGAUAGCGACGGCUAUAAUAGCACUGAGGAAAAACGUGAGAAGCACCGGCUCUUGAGUCAGGUGGUCCGUCCUCAGGACCCUCCCCGCUCUCCUCCACGCACCCCUGCUGAGGAAAAGCCCUCCCGCUGGAAGGAGGAGGAUCGCCGUGGCGAUAAGAAGGACGUGCGUGGACGGGGUCACGAAGAGGCACGUGGAGGUGCAGCUGACCGGCGUAACGAGCAGGAGGGCGCGACAGCUGUGCCAGACACCAGGAGGGGCAAGGAGCGCGAGGCCAGCCCCCCUGCCAUCGCCCCCGCACCAGAGGAGGCCAAGGAGGCCAAGGAGGGCAGGAGGGACAGGGAGCCGCCCGCUGUUCACGAGGAGGGCAAGAAGAAGACCAAAGCCCAGAAGAAGGGCCUGAAGAAGAGCAGGCGGGAGGAGGAGAGAGCCGGGGGAGUUGCUGGACGUGAGGAGCGUUUAACCCUCGAACCCGUCGCUAGCAUUCCCCCUCCAGAAACCCCACCGCCCCUCCUCUCCCCCAGGAAGAUGCCCAAGAAGAAAGCCCUGGACAAGAAACGCAAGCGCUCCUCCAAGGACUCUGAGGGGUCAGAGGAGGAGCCUGGAGCUGUGCACCACCCCCUUAGCAAGAGGAGGCGUGGCCCACGCACACCCCCACCAAUCAACAAAGAGGACCUGCUUUCCCAGAGGGUUCUAGCAGCUAGCCAGCGCUCGCCUCUCCCCUUGCCUCUCAGCGACUGGUCCGACGAGGACGUGCCCGACCGCAGCGAGGUCCCGGCCCCAGCUCCCCCGCCCGUCCCAGAGCCCAGGACCCUACUGCCCACGGAGCCACUCCCCACCCGACGGCUCGGAAGGGGCAGGACGGACCCUCCCAUUGCCCCUCUCCUCCCCGAUCCCCCCAUGCUGUUGCCCACGCCUGCCCUGCUGCCCCUGCUGCCCCAGCACCUGCUGCGUAAGCCCCUCCUGCCAACAGCCCCACUGGAGCAGCAUCCCCCGCCACGCGGCGGCAGCAUGGGCCUCCUGGGCAACCCCACAGGACGCCCGGCCCGCCCUGCCCGCCUGCGCUCACCCUCCAACGACGCCCAUCGUGAUGAGAACCCCCUGGCUCCCAGGGCUCGCCGGGGACGCCAACCAGGGGGCAACGCUGCCCGAGACCGUGAGCGCGAGAGAGAAAGAGAGCGUGAGAGGGAGCGCGACCGGGAGAGGGUAGCCGCCAUCGAGCCGGUGGGGGCUGAGCGGAAGUCACGCAUCGACCAGCUGAGGAGAGGAGAGCCUAGUCGCAGCACAUCUUCAGAUCGCCAGGACUCCCGAAGCCACAGUUCCCGGCGAAGCUCCCCAGAGUCGGAGCGUCAGGCACGUUCUCGUGCAGGCUCCUACGACAGCCGGGAACGUGAGCGAGAACGCGAGCGGGACGUCUUUGACCGUGACCGCAAGGACCCUCGGCAGCCGCCGGGCCCGAUCCUUGGCCUUGGGCCAGCCGGGGUCCCCCCGCAGCAGAGAGACUGGGAGCAGGAGCCACAGAGGGACUGGGGGCCCAGAGGCGGGCCCAGAGAGCCCCUGCUGCCACACCGGGGGGCCAACCGUGAGCCCAUCCGAGAGCGGGAGCGAGACCCGAGGGAGCCGCGGGAACGUGAGCGGCUGCUGCCGGAAGGACUCCUGUCAGGCGCCGUGCACGAGAGGCUGGAGCGCGAGCGAGAGAGGGAGCGGGCGGAGAGAGAGCGCGAGCAUCGCGAGCGGGAGCGGGAAUGGGAGCGAGAGAGGGAGCGAGAACGGGAGCGUGGAGAGAGGGAGAGGCUGCUCCCCUUCGACCCCAUGUCCCACGGCGAGCCCAAGGCCAGAGGUGAUGGGCGCAUUGAGCGUGGAGACUUUGAUCCCCUGCUGCCGCGGGAGCCCGCCGCUAUAGCUCCUGACAAGCCAGCAGACAGCGUGCACGUCAACUCCAUGAAAAUAAUUAAAAGCGAGCCUGGUGUAGAUGAGAAGGGCGAUAGCCUAGAUGCAAAAAGUGUCUAUCUGACCAUGUUUUCACACGAGGACGAAGUGAAGGGAGAAGACGCCCAGUCUAUGGUUUCCGGCGGUGAAGAGUAUGAGCCAAUCAGUGAUGAUGAACUGGAUGAGAUUCUAGCAGACAGCGCUCAGAAGAGAGAGGACCAGCAGGAUGAUGAGAGAGUCCCAGGUCCUCUGGAUGUGAUUGAUGUGGACUGGUCCAGCCUGAUGCCCAAACAGAAGCAGGAGCCGCGGGCUCCAGGGGCAGCGCUGCUCAGGUUCACCCCGGGGGCUGUGCUGCUCAGGGCGGGCGUCUCCCGCCGGCUGGCUGGGCCUCAGCUCCUCGCGCGCGUCAAAGAAGUCUGUAAAGGGGAGCUGGACGACCCUAAAGAUGCUGACAGGCUGUUUGAGCAUGACCUGGGCGCUAUCAACAUGGCGGCUCUGAACAGGCGUGUGGAGAGGGCCGCUCUUCUGCGCAACCUGGGCUCCAGCUGCAAAGCCCUCAGCGCCCGGCGGGACAUUGCCAUCCGUAAGCAGCUGCUCAAGAACGACAAGGGCACCACCAAGCAGAUGUACACCGGGGCCCCAGUGGGAGACAGCGAGCUGCUGCAGCUCAGCGUGCGGCUCUUUAAGAAGACCAUGGCGUCCAACCAGACAUCUGAUCUGGAGCGUCCUCAGCCUGGGACGUCUAGUGCCCCAGCUGCCCCUCCUGCUGAGGUGUGUGUCUCCUAAGAGGAGAGGGCUGCAGGGAAGGGGGCCAUGAGUGAGUAACAGCAUGACCCUGGCUUACACUCAUCCUCUCAGCCUAUCUGUAACCCAUCCACUAGCCUCUGUGCAAAACUCAUUCACUGAAACUGUUGUUAAGUCAGUGCUUGUGUGGAGGAUUGACACCAAGUCCACCAUAGAGACUGCUGGAGUUGCAAGCCUAUGGAUGGAUGAGAUGCUAAGUGGAUGGAUUUGUUUAAGGCCACAAUUGGUGAACUCAAUAAAACUGUGGGGAUAAUGGCCACAGAAGAGAAUAACCGUUUUGAUGGAAUUGGAUUUUUUUAGUGAAGUCUUUUUUUUGUUUUGUUUUUUAAAGGGGAAAAAAACCAGUGUCUGUUCUUUAUAACACAUUUUAUUGUUCAUUCAUUUCAUGCAUUGGUGAGUAGAACUGUGCAUUAAAAUGGUUAAAUCUUCA